AUGAAGUUAAGCUUGAUCAAAACACUUCUGUUCAGCCUUGCAGCCAGCUCGUAUGGCUGGGAGCAUAAAAGCCAUGAGUUCCGCCCACCACUACCAGGUGACAGUCGAUCUCCAUGCCCUGGUCUCAACGCCUUGUCCAACCACGGCUGGCUCCCUCGUUCAGGGAAAAACAUCGACCUACCCACCUUCCGAUCCGCUAUAGCUGGUGCCUAUAACUAUGAGCCCACGUCUAUGGACGGCUUUUUUAAUCUAGCAUUGAACUUCAACCUCUCCACCACCGGGAACCAAUCGACCUUCAACCUCUUUGAUCUAGCAAGACACGAUGAAAUCGAGUUCGAUGGCUCACUGUCGCGCAAUGAUAUCUACUUCGGUGACAAUGUGCACUUUGACCACAACAUUUGGGCGACGGUUGCUAAGAACCUGAACCUCUAUGACACUCUGGGCUCCGAAAUGAAUCAAUAUGUUACCGUGGAGAGCGCGGGUAAAGCCUGUGCAGCACGCGCGGCCGAUGCCAAGAGAGCUAAUCCCAGCUUCAAUGCUUCCUCCAUGCAGGUUAUGGGCAACCCUGGGACGACAGCUCUUUAUUUGGUGACGUUGUGGGAUGAGAAAGUAGGUGCCGCGCCAAAGUCUUGGGUUCGGGCUCUAUUUGGUAUGUUUCCUAGCUAUCUCUGUCAAUAUUAA